CGCAUGCGGGAGGAGUGGGGCUGAGCUGUGCCUGCGCAGACGAGCGCGAGGCUGCUGGAGCGGCGCGGAGCGGAGGUAGUGCCUAAAACCUGGAAGUCCUGGGCCCCGGUUCAAAAGCAGGAAUGACGACCACAGGCUUUAGAUCAGAAGAGCCAGACUUACCGCUGCUGUAACUUACUUCAGAGUUUGGGUUUCAGAGGUAUUAAACCCAGGAGAACCUACCUUACUGCUUUUUUAAUAGACACUGAUGCUGCACAUGCUGUCUUACAGCAGCAUCAUGGGGAGCAGCAGCAGAAUUGAGUGCAUCUUCUUCAGUGAAUUCCACCCAACGCUGGGACCUAAAAUAACCUACCAGGUCCCAGAGGAUUUCAUAUCCCGGGAGCUCUUUGAUACGGUCCAGGUGUACAUCAUCACCAAACCUGAACUGCAGAACAAGCUCAUCACAGUAACUGCUAUGGAGAAGAAGCUGAUUGGCUGCCCAGUUUGUAUUGAGCACAAGAAGUACAGCCGGAAUGCCUUGCUCUUCAACCUGGGCUUCGUUUGUGAUGCUAGAGCUGAAACCUGUGCACUGGAGCCUAUUGUAAAGAAACUGGCUGGCUAUCUUACCACCUUAGAGCUGGAAAGUGGCUUUAUCUCUAAUGAAGAGAGUAAGCAAAAGCUGGUGCCGAUCAUGACCAUCCUGUUGGAGGAGCUAAAUGCCAAAGGAAAAUGUACUUUGCCAAUAGAUGAGUCAAACACCAUUCACCUGAAAGUGAUUGAACUGCGGCCGGACCCUCCCAUUGUGCAGGAGUAUGAUGUGCCUGUCUUCACUCAAGACAAAGAUGACUUCUUUAACUCCCAGUGGGAUCUCACCACCCAGCAGAUCCUGCCAUACAUUGAUGGAUUUCGACAUGUUCAGAAGAUCUCAGCUGAAGCUGACGUGGAGCUCAAUUUGGUGCGAAUUGCCAUCCAGAACUUGUUAUAUUAUGGGGUGGUGACUCUGGUCUCCAUAUUGCAGUACUCAAAUGUAUACUGCACCACACCUAAAGUCCAGGACCUGGUGGAUGAUAAAUGCCUCCAAGAAGAAUGUCUGUCUUAUGUCACCAAACAAGGUCACAAACGAGCCAGUCUGAGAGACGUCUUCCAGCUUUACUGUGGGCUAAGCCCUGGCACAACUGUGCGGGAUCUCAUCUCCCGCUACACCCUCCAGCUCCAGCGAGUGGAUGAAAGGAAGCUUAUCCAGUUUGGCCUGAUGAAGGACCUUAUCCGAAGACUCCAGAAGUAUCCCGUGAAGAUAGUGCGGGAAGAGAGGAGUCACCCGGCACGGCUGUACACAGGCUGCCACAGUUAUGAUGAGAUCUGCUGUAAAACAGGAAUGAGCUACAGGGAGUUGGAUGAAAGGCUUGAGAAUGAUCCUAACAUCAUUGUUUGCUGGAAAUGAAUCUCAUGGGGAGCAGCAGAAGUAUUCAGCGACCACCUUCCCAAGGAGAAAACACUGACAGAUGGCUGGGCCCUCUGGGUCUCCCAGCUCAAGCUGCAGCCCCAGCCCCUGACCCUUUCAGCAUGACUUGGCUCAGCCCGUGCUUUAUCACUUAGGCUAAAGCUGCCUUGAGAGCGAGCGAGCAUGGGCGCCUCUCCUCAGGCACAGGGCGGGUCUGCUGACAAGGCAUGGGCACUGCUCCAUGUGAGGCUAGGAGUAAGUGCUGAGGUGCUGCUGGGCAUGUGCAACUGAAAUCCUGCCCCGCGGGAUCCCGCCUGUGCAUCUCCUGCCAGCCCGUGCCAGGGAGGAGCAGAGCCGGCCGGGGCGCUGCCAGUGGCCGGUUGCUGUGAAUAGAACGCGCGCGGAAGUCUCGGCUCCUCGUGGUAAACGGGAGAGCGGCCAGCUCCCCUCCGCCCGG